GAAUGUAGCUAGGGAUUCCGACUUGCUCAGAAUUUAGGAGGCAGAGUUGGUCAUGGGAAAGACUCGGGGCAUGGGACCAGGGCGUUCUUCACGCAUGAGGAGACCACCUUACCGUUCUCUAUUCCGACCUCUCUCAGUCGGAGAAAGAGGCUUACAACGAAAGAGAUUGGCCGCACUGAGUCGCAUGAAGAAUACACUCGGCUCUAAAGUCUCGUUGCCUAACCAAUCAGAUAAGAGCCUGAAGAGAACUGAUCAGACCACUCUUGUCUCCGGAACUGAUAUUCAGGGAAAGUUGUCGUCUGAUGUUGUUGCUAGCACCUCGAAGCCUCAGACGUCAUCAUCAAGUUUGGUCGGGAUGAAGAAAACACUAGGUUCUCAAGCCUCGUUGCUACGUUGUUCUGCCUGUAUGCAAAUAAUCCAGUCUGAUAAGAGUCUAAAGGGAUCUUCUGAUCAGGAUCAGACCACUCUUGUCUCCCAUAUUGAUAUUCAGGAUCAGACCACUCUUGUCUCCUUAAUUGAUAUUCAGGAAAAGUUGUCGUCUGAUAUCGUUAGUAGCACCUCCAAGCCUCAUCAAGGUAAGCAUCUCCGAUCAAAUUCAAAAAUACACAAGCCCAAAGCUCUUCUAAAGAAGAAGAAGAAGAGCUCACGCAAAGCUGUAUCCGCCACCUAAGUUACCACCACUAUCUAUUUCCUCUAUCUUUUUUUUUUUUUUUGUAGCUUUUUAUGCUUGAUUAGGACUUUUUAAAAAUAAACCUUUUAUUUAAGUUAUAUGUUUGAUUUUGUGAAAUCCUUGUCAUGAUAAUGAAGUUAUAUGUUUGAUUUUGUGAAAUCCUUGUCAUGAUAAUGUGCCAGUUGUCUUUUUAUCCUUGUAUAAUAAUUGAUGUGAUCAUUUCACUGA